AUGCAACGACAUCACGCAAAUAUUAGGUUAAAUCCUCAAUUUAACCGUGUAUAUACUCGUGGUCGUGAUUUCUGGUCAGGUCCUCUUAAUGAUGGCAAAGAUCGUGGAAAUCAACCUUACUACUGUCCUCUCGGAUGGACAAGAUGGUCAUUUUAUGUUACUGAUAACUUUGAUCAGAAAUUUAAAGGAUGGUGUAUAUGUUAUCAUGGUACAAAAUUUGAAUAUGGCUUAUCUAUUCUAUUGAAUGGGAUGAAACCGGCAAAAAUAAAGGCACUUGGAGAUGGAGUAUACACUACUCCAUCUAUUAACUAUGCAUGUCAUCCAAGAUACGCUGAAGUUAAGCCUAUUUCUGAAGCAGCUCGAAAAAUUUUCAAAUCAGGUGCAUACAUACAAUUUGUAUUAGAAUGUCGUGUAUAUCCAAAUGAUAUCAAGAGAAUAGGUUGUGAAACACUACGUUUCAAAGGUGCUAGGAUCGACCCUAAUAUAAAAAACGAAGCGAUCGAGUGGGUAAUUGAUCAUAAAAAUAGACGUAACUUAGACUUUAAUGACCCUACAUCUCCAAUCAUUUGCACCGGAGUAAUGAUACGCGUCACAGACGACCAUCCUGGCUUACUUCCAGAAUCCCAAUGGUGGUAUCAAUCACAUAUAUGUGGCAAGAAUAAAUGCUGCAGAAUAGGUAUUAAUCUGGAUCUUUUGCAAAGAAAACGUCAAAGUGAAACUAUAUGUAAUAUUAUCUACGACUAAGUAUGCCAAAACUAACUAUGUAUUCAACUAAUGAGUUUGCUUAUAACAAUGCUCAAGUCACAAAGGGCGAGUGUGCAUGUGAGUGCAUUUUUACGAAUGAAAAUGAUUGAUGCAAAGGUGUGAAGCUUUUUAGUUUUUGUGAGAGAUCAUUAUCAAGCACACUUAGAAAUAUAAAUUCAUUAGCUUAUCAUGAGCAGAAUGAAAAUCUUCAAUAAACACAGCCAACAUAAAGAUAAGUACUAAUCAGAUAUAUAUAUAUAUAUGCAUCUAUGUAUAUGAUAGAGCAAAUAAUGC